AUGACCUUGUUUAAUGCAACAGUUAAUUUUUCUUCCAAAACUGUCGCAUCAUUCGCACUGACGCAAACACUAUCAUCAUUCAGCAAGGUACAUGUUGUUAUUGGAAAUGAAGCUUGUGAUUUGGACUCUACUGUCUCUGCGAUAUCUCAUGCAUACAAUUUAUCUCAGGAUGCUCAGUCAUCUGAUGAAGCCAUCAUACCUGUGCUCAACAUUCCAAGGGAAGAGCUUCCUUUAAGAACUGAAACAAGUCACCUUCUCCCAAGAUGCAAUAUCCAGUUAACAGACUUGGUCUGCCGUGAUGAGAUUGAUCUUAAAUCUAUUCCAAAUUUGACAAUAACUCUCGUUGAUCACAAUGUACCCACAGAGAAUGAUACCUGGUUAGACCAGUAUGUUGUAGAAGUGAUUGAUCAUCAUGUGAACAGUCGUCAUGACGAUGAGGAUAGAGCAAUCAGCAUCACAAGGGAGCUGGUAGGGUCAUGUUCUACAUUGGUAGCCAAACAGAUCUUGGACAAACACCUAGAAAUUUUGGAUCAUCAACUAGUUAAAUUGCUCCUUGGUACCAUAAUGUUAGAUACACUAAACAUGAGUGAAGCUGCAGGAAAAGCAACACCAACAGAUGAAGAUAUAGUCAAAAGACUAGGAAACCUUAGCCCAAGGAUCAAUCUGCAAGAACUCUUUGAUGGGGCUCAAGCCGCUAAGUUUGAUAUAUCAGGUAAGAAAUAAUAUAAACUUCUUACAUGUAAAUGCCAAGACUGACUGCCUUCUUUAUGGUGAGUUCAGAUUGAUAUUGUGAUUGGAUCCAGUAGAUAAAACUUUCACUCUCAUCCAGUCCAACUUAAAGUCAAUCUUUCUUUUCAUACUGGACAAGGUGGCUCAGAGGUAGAGUUCCCGCCUCAUACACAGGAGGUCAUGCAUUCGAUCCCCUGCCAAGUCAUACCAAAGACUUAUAAAAAUGGGACCUUCUGCCUUCUUGCAAGGCUCCUUUGUAUAAAAAAAAUGAGCAAGGAUUUCAAACCAUGCCAAUUACAUUACCCCAAAAGAUAGACUUAGAAAUCAAAUAACAAAAAUAGGAAUCAUGAAGAUAAUACUGGAAUACAAAAUAAAACAAACAACUUUCUGAAAAAUGACAAUGUUGAAACUCUUCAUAGUAUAAGUAACAAACUUCAUCUCUGGAAAAAAUGCAAAACUUUUCUGACCUGGAGAGUAGGGACUGAUCUUUGGCAUUCAAGCAAUGCUAUGUACAGUAAUAUAAUUGAUGUUGGGCCACCAUGAGCACUGCUUUGAUCAGGUCAUGAUCUUGAUCAUUUUUAUUUUGGAGGAAAGGAAAGACAAACCAAUUUUACAAGACUAAAUUGUAAAACUGCUUAGUUCAUUGCAAAAUCCAACCUUUGGCAUAAGAACAUACAGAACUGAUCUUCAACCAUCAUAUUUUCUGCAAGUAGAAAAAGUUAUUGAGGUAGGAUAUAUAUUUUUUCCUUGUUUCGCGGGUAGUUCUGGAGGAUAUUGCAGCUUUUCGGCCUUUUGUUUGUCAGGUGCCAUGGUUGGGUUAAUGUCAGGGUGGACUUUUCUUUUAUUGAAAUAAAGAUUUUAUUUUAUUUUCAAGCAUAUUAAACAUACAUGUACUCAUACUGGAUUACAGGCAUGUUGAAUAGGGGUUUACUGAUUUGAGGUCAACUGACUCCAGCAGAAUUUAUUCAAACAUAUUUGUAAUCUAGAUUGUGUGUGGUGGUAGUUUAUUUGUGAAACUUUCUAGUGUGCCUCUGCUCUUUCUAAGGUCAUAGAUUCUUUGAGUGAGAUCCUGUUUGAAUGACUAAGUGACCACAUCUUGUGGUUUAGAGCAAUAAAUAAGACUAAUAUGCUUUUCACACUGCAUUUCCUUAACCCCAUACUAUCCUUAACCCCGGACUAUCCUUAACCCCAUACUUUCUUUUUUUGGACUCACACUGUCUUUCUUUACCCUAUACUAUCUGCUUAGCCGGGGUUAACGCCUUAAGGAAAGAAAGUACAGUGUGAAAAGCAUACAAGAGGCUUUUUUUUUCAUGGUACACCAUACAUGUAAGUCAAUUUCUUUCUAUGGCUCAGCCUAUGUGUUUGUGAUAAAAGUAUAUUGCAUAUAUUGAAACAAGCUGUUAUAAUAGAUCUCAACCCUGAGUAGGCCUUUAAGGAAAGAAAGUACAGUGUGAAAAGCAUACAAGAGGCUUUUUUUUUCAUGGUACACCAUACAUGUAAGUCAAUUUCUUUCUAUGGCUCAGCCUAUGUGUUUGUGAUAAAAGUAUAUUGCAUAUAUUGAAACAAGCUGUUAUAAUAGAUCUCAACCCUGAGUAGACACAAUACCAAUGUUGCACUAAUACUAAGAAUAGAAUGUCCUUCAUGCGCAUGAGGCUGUUGUUAUAGUGAUGAUAUUGCAAGUUCAGGCGUUGAUAGAUUCUACACUUACAUGUAUAUGUAUGAGUGCAUGAUUGAUAAAAGUUUGAAUAUUGAUGGAAUUUGAAAAAAAAUCAGGUAUUUGUCUCUAUUUUUCUUUUGAAUAAAUCAUUCUUUUUAAGUAUCCUCUUUUUUUCAACAUCAAUCUUGAGCAAUUGGAAUGCUAAAAUAUUUUUCCUAAAAAAUGCUUAUUGCACCCAAUAGUUGCCAGAAGGCAGAAACAUAUUUCAAGCAUUGACUGGUACAAUAUCUAAUUGUUUUAUAUGGAAAGGUGUCAGUGCACAUGAAUGAUUGCAUGUAACCCUGUAGCCUUCAAAACCAUUUUAAACAGAUCUAAUUGAAGGAAUAUGACGCUAAUGUUAAUAUGCACUCUUGGCAUUUGAUGCUUGCUAACUGUAGGACCAGUAUCAGUGUUAGUCUAGGAUUCAUGCAUCAUCAGAUUAUCAAUAUCUUGCUUUAUAAUUAGUAUAAAGCACGGCGAUGUUUAUGUUACACUUAGAAUUUCGUACAUUGUAUGCUCAAGUACAAUGGGCUAGUCAAAAUAUUGAACUUGAAAAUUAUAUUCAGAGUUAAUAUGUGUAGACUUCUCAUGAACAUCACUGUUUGAUAUUCAUAUAAAGUGAUCUGUGAUAUUAAAGUGUCGUUGAUAUCUACAUUCCCUUUCCUGCAACACUAAUCAGUGCUCAUGGAAUGGAGACUAGAAGGAGAUGUACAUGUAAUGGAAAGAGGCCAAGGACAAUCAUUUAUAAUUAGUAGAUCGAUGAGGCUUGAGGAUGGAAAAACAAACUUGUCUGUCUCCCAACUAUAUAUUAUUUAACCAAAGUAUUUUAGAAGUCUUUGAUUCUAAUGAAGGGAAAUGGACAGUUAUGACAAAAAUUUGCUUUCCUUCCAAUGUUCUUUGCUUAAAUUAGAAGAUUCUUGCUAGGCCUACAGUUUAUAUCAAUUUAUUGAUAUGCUUUAAAUAUUGAAAAGUGAAAACAUAUAGGAUAGCUUUAAUCUUCCUGUGUAAUAUAGACCUCCAUGUAUUCAGUGCAGCCCAUGCAGUGCAUCAGAUGAUGGCAAGGAUAGAGAAUUCAAGCAAACUUUAACCAUGAAACAUGUAAAUGCUCUGUAUAAUUAGUUUCCUCUACCUGGUUUUGCACAUUAUUGACUGCUUUCCAGAAAUAUACAGAUUGAAGAAAAAAUUGGUAACUGCAGGGAUUGUACCUGCUGUUUGCUGAUUCAGAAAUUAAGCUCACUUUGAACUUCACCCUCCC